CGGAGUCUGCGGGGCCGACCUGGGGCUGAGGGGGCACGGGAUCUCCUGCCCGUCGGGCCGCCGCGGCCCAGCUCCUCCCUAAAACGCUGCUUCUGCUUUCGGGCAGCUUUUACCCAGACCAGCUGGGGCUCAGGGUGCCCCCCGGCUGCAGAAUCUCCAGCACUCCCGCGCCCACUAAUUGCUUGGCUGUACACUAAGCGCCUUACACUCACUGUCUCAUCUAAUGGCCCACAACACCGUGUGAGUAGGUACCAUUAUGAACCCAUUUUACAGAUGAGGAAACUGAGGCCCCGAGGAGCCCACAGGCAUACAGCGAGAAGCGGCAGAAUCGGGAAUCAAACCCAGACUUCUGCAAAUUUUCUUCCUAAAAAUUGGGAGAAGACCCACUGGCUGAAUGGCAACUGUAGAUGACUUGCAGUUUGAAGAGUUUGGUGAUGCGGCUACUUCUUUAGUAGCAAACCCUGAUGCCACCACAAUCAGCAUUGAGGAUCCUGGCGAAACCCCAGGGUCUGCAAGAAGCUCAGGGAGAGAAGAGGAUGAUGAGUUGCUGGGAAAUGAUGACUCUGACAAAACUGAGUUGCUGGCUGGACAGAAGAAAAGCUCCCCCUUCUGGACGUUUGAAUACUAUCAGACAUUCUUUGAUGUAGACACUUACCAGGUUUUUGACAGAAUAAAAGGGUCACUUUUGCCAAUACCUGGAAAAAACUUUGUGAGGUUGUAUAUCCGAAGCAAUCCAGAUCUCUAUGGCCCUUUUUGGAUAUGUGCCACAUUGGUGUUUGCCAUCGCAAUUAGUGGGAAUCUUUCUAACUUUUUAAUCCAUCUGGGAGAGAAGACAUACCAUUAUGUGCCUGAAUUCCGAAAAGUGUCCAUAGCAGCCACUGUCAUCUAUGCCUAUGCCUGGCUGGUUCCUCUUGCGCUCUGGGGUUUCCUCAUGUGGAGAAACAGCAAAGUGAUGAACAUUGUUUCCUACUCGUUUCUGGAGAUUGUGUGUGUCUAUGGAUAUUCACUCUUCAUUUAUAUCCCUACAGCAAUACUGUGGAUUAUCCCCCAGAGAGCUGUUCGUUGGAUUCUAGUCAUGAUUGCCCUGGGCAUCUCGGGCUCUGUGUUGGCAAUGACAUUUUGGCCAGCUGUUCGAGAGGAUAACCGGCGCAUCGCGUUGACCACAAUUGUGACGAUCGUGUUGCUUCACAUGCUGCUUUCUGUGGGCUGCUUGGCAUACUUUUUUGAUGCACCAGAGAUGGACCAUCUUCCAACAGCUACAUUUGCUCCGAACCAAACAGUCACAGCAGCCAAGCCCAGCUAAGAGGAAUUUUUCUUUUUAUUUUUUGGAGUGUGGUUCUUCUGCACAUGGCAUUCACUGCAGGCAAGCAGAAUGACCAGAGCCAAGAGGAAAACUGAUGGAAAGACACGAAGUCCUGGCAGCCGGAUGGUGCUGUACUAAGCCUAAUCGCCUGUUUAACAAACAAAAAUAAAAUGUUGUUCAACUCUU